AUUAAUUUAAAAGCGGGAAAGUGAAAAAUAUGUCAACAGACGCUAACAGGCCAAAAUAUUUAACUAAGAAUGCUGUGAAGACUAUCCUAGAUGCCCCAGAUUACAAAGAGAUCCAAGACCUGAAGCCAGUCUUCCAGAUUCUUUCAGUAAAAGAUAUCUCUCACAAGAAGAGCAUUAGAGAUAGGAUCCAGCUCUCAGACGGAGUUCAUAAAAUUCUAUCAAUUGUGAAGCUGAAAAUUAAUUCAGCUCCAGAACAGGCUUAUAAGGCCAAUGACAUUGUGAGGAUCAACGGGUUUGAUUUGAAGACUAUCUCCAAUAAGCAGAUUCUUCUUCCCUCCAAUAACUUUGACAUCAUUGCCACAGAUAUUGACACCCAGAUAGGAAAGCCAAAGGAAUAUGUUGAAGGAGAAGACGAAGACAUGGACUUUGAAGCUGAGAUUCCAUACAAGAAUAACCCUGAAGAGAGGAAGGAAGAAAGUGAUGUUGAGAUGAAAUCUCCUAACAAACCCACUCCUUGUAAAAAUUCUGCUAGUAAAGAGGAGAUCAAACUCCAAGUAACCGAGGCUGAGAUGGAAGAUACCAAGGAAGAGCCAUCUCCUCAAAAGAGUUAUGAAGUAGAUGAUGCUUACACACCUAUUAAGACUGUUUCUCCUCUUAACUCAGACUGGAUCAUCAAGGCUAGAGUUAGCAAGAAGAACAAAGUAAAAGAAUGGUCCAAUAGCAGAGGCUCUGGAAAGCUCCUCAACAUCGAGUUGAUCGAUAGACAUGGCACUCAGAUUCAAGCUACCUUCUUCAACAAGGCUGUUGACAAAUUUGAGCCAAUGAUUCAAGAGGACAAGGUCUACAUUUUCUGCAAAGGGACGGUCAAGGUUGCCAAUCAGAAAUUUACCUCUAUCAAGAAUGAUUACUGUUUGACAUUCAGCCACUUAUCUGAAAUUACUCAGACCGAGGACGACACUAAUAUUUCCAAGAAUGUGUUCCACUUCACUAAGCUAUCAGAAGUAAGCAAUAUUGGUGCUGGAAAGAUAAUCGACCUCAUUGGAGUCGUGACCUCUGUGGGAGAUGUAAACUCAAUUAGCCUUAAGGAUGGCCGCCAAAAAGAUAAAAUUGAUUACGAAAUCGCUGAUAAUAGUAUUGAUGGAGGAAUGAGAGUCACUGUUUCUAUCUGGGGUACAAAAGCUACCUCCAAAAAAUUCUCUGUCGGCCAAAUAAUAGCAAUUAAGGAUCUCAAAAUCAGCACUUUUAAGGGAGUCAGCUUAAAUGGAGGGGAUAAUAGUUUCUUGUGUGAUGCUACCCAAUUAAAAUUAAAGGAAUCAUCUGAACUACAGUCCUGGUACAGAACUGCAAAAGAUCAUGUUAAUGAUAUCAAUUCUCUCACAGAAGGAAAUCAAGCAAGCGGCACCCCAUCUUUAAGAAAUGUGAGAUUAAUCAAAGAAAUUGAGGAAAACUCUAAUGAUGAUCUUGCAACAGACCCAACAGUUAGAUAUUACAUUAAUGCUAGAGUUGAGCUGGUCAGAAAUGACUCAAAAAUGGUAUACAUGGCCUGUCCUUCAUGCAAAAAGAAGAUGACUGAAGAAGAUACCAGUGCAUCGACUUAUAGAUGUGAGAAGUGCGGAAUGUCAACUUCAAACCCAGUCCCUACUUACAUAAUAACUGUAAAAUUCACUGAUGGAACUGGAUCAAUCUGGACAAGAAUCUACGGAGACAAUGCUUUGCCAAUAAUGGGAAAUACAAAGCCAGAAGAAGUUCAUAAAAUGUUUGCUAACGAUUCUGAAGAGAGUAACGUAGAAAUCAGAAACUUCCUCAACAGUUUGAAUUUCAAAGAGUUCAGCGUAAUGGUAAAGCCAAGUAUCAACAGCUACAAUGGACAAGAGUCCUUGAACUACCAUGGAUCUAAUGUGAAAACCUAUAAGCCAGAGAAAAGCAACCAUUUCCUUCUCCAAAGAUUAAGCUUAUUUGAAGCUCCCAAGGCAUAAUC